CUGCGCGCGCAUUGACGCAAGUCCGUCGGCGCCAUUUUAGCCGGUCACGCUGCCCUGGCGGGCCUGGCAGCCAUUUUGUUUUGGACACCAAGCGGGAGUUGGCGGCGCCGGCUGUGGUGGCGUCCAGACGGAAAGGCAGGGAAGGGCAGGCCUGACGAGCGGGAGGAUCGGCCGGCUCGAUACCCAACCCACGGCGAGUGAGCUUCGCUUCAUACCGUUAAAGCAUCUAACUCAACCGCCCAGCUAGUUAACCCGAACGAACGGUCCCCCCCCCCCCGUCAGCUCAGGUUAGGCCGGCCUCCGGCCCGCCCGCCGCAGCCGUGGUGGCAGCCCCGGGAGGAGCGCUGGCGUCCGUCUCCUUCGAUUCUCGGGAUUUGAAGAUGGCUGCACAGUCAGCACCGAAAGUUGUGCUAAAAAGCACCACCAAGAUGUCUCUAAAUGAGCGCUUUACUAAUAUGCUGAAGAACAAACAGCCGAUGCCAGUGAAUAUUCGGGCUUCGAUGCAGCAGCAGCAGCAGCUAGCCAGUGCCAGAAACAGAAGACUGGCCCAGCAGAUGGAGAAUAGACCCUCUGUCCAGGCAGCAUUAAAACUGAAGCAGACUUUAUAUGCAAGUCCGGACAGUGGCUGUGGAAGGAUAUGUCCAAGCUGUGGCUGGGCGUCCAGAGGGCGGUGCCAUGCAACUGUAAGGACUUUAACUGGUAGCACUGCAUGGCUGUGCAUAGAGUCAGCACUUAAUAACACCCACCCCCACUCUGAACCUUUGGGCUCACUGACUGAAAAUAAGCAAGGCUUUCUGCUUUGUCUACCUUUCAGCCGUGGAGUGGUUAGGUUCAUCCAUGACUCAGGAAAGCAAUGAGCCAUAGGCCCACCAUUUUCCAAGAGUAAAUAAAAAUCGUGACAUCUCUGAUACACUGUGCCAGGUCCUUUCAACAGGCUAACCUCUAAAGCAGCAGCAUCCACCAGCUUCUGCAUUGAUGGGAUGUUCUCAAUCUGUUCAGUAGCCAUGUGUCUUCUUAAGAGCUUCCAGUGUGGCUAGUGCAAAUGGAGGAGCUUAAUUUUUUUUUUCCUUUCACUUAUGUUAAGGCCAGAUGAAGGGCAUACAGUGGUUAUCUCAGCAUAUCGAGGCAUUAUUAGCUCAAAGCCAACCCAAAUUUUGUUUAGUUUUUGGUUUUUGUUAUUGUUUGGUGUGGUUUUGAGACCAGAGUCUCACUAUGUAGUUACUACUAGCCUGGAACUCUAUAUGUAGACCAGAGUGGCCUCAAACUCACAGAAAUGUACCUACUUGUGCCUCCAGAGUGCUGGGAUUAAAGGUGUAUACCACCACACCCAGAUCAAAGUUUUGUUUUUUUUUUUAAUUUUAAGUAACCGUGUGUGGUUAGUGGCUACUUUAUUAUACAGCACAGCUCUAGAGGAAAAGCUGAGUUGUACUACCAGUAUAUAUAAGUGUCAGGGUGAGUAGCAACUAAAGAUGGAGAUGGCUCUGUACUACACAAUUCAGGAGAAUGAGUAUACUUAGUAAUUGAACAUGAGAAUGCAGUCGUGACUUCAUAACUGUAUGCUAGGGUCUGGAGGUACAGUUCAGUGGUAAAGGAUUUGCCUACCAUGGGCAUGAGUUUCAUGCCCAGCACCACAAAAAAUAAUUACCAUGCUAAUUGGGGGAAUGACAAGACAGGCCCUUGAGGUUGGUUUCACCUGCCUGUGUUAAGUGUCUAAUGUUAAAAGCCUUUCUCCUAAUUAGAAGCAUUUUAAGAUUUUGUGCCAGAAAGCUAAUGAUAAUGUCUCAACAUCUUUUUCAGAGCUCUUAAUUCAGGGAAAGUAUAUAUGCACAGGCAUUUGUAUAUGCCUAUGCCAUUGUGUGUGAUGGAGGUGGAUUGUGUGCAAGAACACCGUUUUCAUUCAUACUGACUGGCUUUGUGGAAGAACAGAAUUGCUACAGAAUUGCUAGAACCUUUGUUGUAUUCCAGGCUAUAUUUUCUCCUUUUCCUUUGAAGAACUCUAACUCCAUGAGAUGUGAUCUUCAGAGUCUUUUGGAGAAACUAAUCAUUGAAAAAUUAAUAUCUCUAGUAUGUCCUAGUUCUCUGUGUGGUCCUUUGUGGUUAAUAGUUUACUUGUUUUAAUUUUAACAUGAAUUUGGCUGGCUCUCUAUGAAGAUAGAUUUGAAUUGUGAGGUUAAGGCCAUUUUUCUUUCUUAAGGAUUAGCUGUUGGCAAGGAGAAAUGUGGAAUUUAUAGAUUUGCAAGAGAUAUAAGGAAAGGAAUGUUGAUUUGAUUUGUUUAAUUGCAUCUUAAGGUAAAUAAAUAAAUAAAAAGGACUAUCUGGCGAUAGAUACUCAAAGGAAAACUGGAGCACCCUGGCCUCUGACUGAGAAGCCAUUCUUGUCCUUAAGUCUCAAGAAUUCAAGUGAACUUGUAAUUUCAGUUUACCCAGAACGUGAUGCAUUUCCAGUGGUUUGUGAGUAAGCCUUUGAAAACAGUGUAGUCCUGAGGCAGGUAUGGAUGAAGGCAUGUCAUUGUCAACCUGUGGCCAAGAAGUAGCAAGUUUGCAGCUGCUGCUGCUGUGUGACUUGAGUAGCCAAAUUAGUAAGGUUGUCUGCUGGUGCCAAUGUUGUGGACCAUACUAGAGCUUCUUAGAGCCUUUGUUUUGGAUCAGAAUUCUGCUUUAUCCAUAUUUUGGGGUAAAUAAAGUCUUUUGGUUUGGAAUCCUUACAUUACCCACAACAGGCUUAUAUCCACAGCAAGCGUCUCACUUGCCUCAUUUGUCCUAUACUUUAAAUUGGCAAAUCUCACUGAAUUCCUUUUUUGAUCUCAAUCCUCUAACACC